AUGGUCAUGAUGUUGCAUCUAGGAGAGACAGAACCAAGUCCUGCUCUGCCCCUUCCCUUCUGCAGCUCCCAGGGGCUGUCACACUCCUGCCUGCAUCAGGAUGUGAUGAACCUGGCCUGUGCCAACCACCCCAGCGUGGUGUACAGCCUCACUGCCAUCCUGCUGGUUAUGAGGUUGGACACCAUCCUCAUCUGCCUCUCCUACAUCCUGAUUCUCAAGGCUGUCUUGUGGCUGGCGGCGUGGAAGGAGAGGCUCAAGGCUCAAGCCACCUGCGUGGCCCAUAUCUGUGUGGUCCUGGUCUUCUAUGUGCCCCUGACUGAACUGCCCAAGCUGCACAGGUUUGGGAAGGGCCUGGCUCCACUGGUCCAUAUCACCAUGGGGAACAUCUACAUGCUGGUGCCUGCUGUGCUCAACCCCAUCAUCUACGAGGUGAGGACCAAGCAGACACAGAGGAUCCUGAUUUCAAUUAAAAUUUCCGAUGACAGAACUGCCCAUUGA